AACAUUGGCAUGCAAUGAACUCAAUCAACCUGAUUGUCAUCGCAUGAUGGCGAGCUGCUCGUCUCCAGCAUCACCUUCUCUGGACGAUGCAGCAGAAAUAUGCGUUUUCCAACAGUCCUCUCCGCUGUCUCUGCGGCAGCAUUCGACUUCUUCUCCAUCUCCACAUACUCCACCGACAGACACCUCCCAAACUCACGACUAUAAUUUCUCCGGCGCAGUCUACGAUGAAAGCACAUCAAACUCGGAGUCAGAAACCAUUUCGCAACCAGAUCACGGGUAUGAGGACAGCAUUGAGGAUGCCAACCACCGCGUCUUUUCAGGGUGCUCAUCGAUUUCUUCCUUGCCCACAACAAUAUCACAGCCGCUGCAUUCGAGCGAAGAACAGUAUGGCCCUCGAACACCUUCCCAACGCGACUCGCACGGCUUCUAUCCCUUUGAACGAUCUGGCGGGCCCCGGCCUGCGACGACUUCCCCUAGAAACCUCCGCGAAUACCACUCGGCGUUCCGCCAUGCCAGCAGUGUCAAAGCGCUGCAGAUGAGAGACGAAGUAAUGAGUGACACACAGAGUGUCGUAAGACAUCAUAGACGGACCGGCUCGCAAAUGUCAUCAUACAGUCAGAGAAGUUUGUUUUCGGUUCGGACCUCUCCAACCAAAAGAUCAAGCCAGUCUCACCACACAUCCCCCUUGAAGGGUGGCACCAAUCUCAAGAAGGAAUUCCCUCUUAUCCUCCUACACUGUACACUACUGCCACCUAACCAACGGUUUCAACCCUCGGCUCAAGAAAGUGCAAACAUAGGCGAACUGUUGCCCGAGGAGUACAAAAAGCGUUGGAUAGCUCUACGAGAUAGACUGGCAGACGUCGAGAUCAGUAGCAGAGGUAUACUGAUUCCCCACCCAAGGGACGACUAUGGAUUGCUUGAAGAACGACUCCUAGAGAGCUUGGAACUCGAGAAGCCCCGCAUCAGACACAAUCACUACUUCAACGCCGGUGACAGUAGCGUCGACAGUGGCUUUGAGAGUGGCAGCCUUACCGAAGAUGAGGCUGAACUUGAUGGGUUGGGUUAUCUCAGGUGCCCAGAUUGUGGAGGACAUCUGCAAGCAGAAGAGGCGAGUCGCAGGUGGGAUGUCAAAGUUUUCGCGGCCAAUGGCUUGAUGCGGGCUGGGGCAUGGGCCGCAGCAUGGCAAGAGAUGGAGAAGGUCGACGUGGAAAUUAACAUUUGCCUGCCAAAAGAGAUCUGUCAGGAACUCGAGGCAAAACUUGCAUUCGGUGACGACGCGCACAUGCCAACAAGCCAGCUGGAACCCAAUGACACAUUUAUGGACCAUGACAUGGCGAGUUCUCGCGAACGAGAAGUAUACGGCGACUUGGGAAGACUUGAGAGUGAGACAGAUACGAGCAGCUUCGAAAAGCAACCCCCUGUGGAAUUCGAGCCUGUGUAUCCACCGCCUCGCCCACCUUCUUUUGAGCAGGAUGCACAGGCCCCGCCGGCAGUUUAUGGCGGACGAUUCAGCACAGAGAGUAGAAAUGUCCUGGUGGGCGUGCUGAGCUUCUUGGUAUUGCUGUUUGCUCUGGCAGGCAGGCAAGGAGCUCAGAAACCGAACCCUGUCCCGACCUCGCAGGUUACUACGCAAUUGACAGAAUUCCUCACCACUACAGUCACGACAACGAGCAUUGCCAUCUCAACAGCGACUGUGACUGCAGCCUCUGUCAAUACACAGCUUGGUCAAGCGUGCCCUGUGUCAGAAGAUGCGCAUAGUUUGAUGGUGGUGUCAACCGAAACCCUGACAGAACUACCCACCGCAACGAAUUUGUCUAGUCCGCCGGCGGAACGUACGCAGGGAGACACAAGCGAUACAGACAUGCAGCAGAGCGCGGAGCUAGAAGACAGCGAGACUGGUUCCCACUUGGCAGCCGAACAAGAGGGCCCAGAAACGAGCCCUUGGCUAGGUCUAGACUCUGCUGAUACGGUCAGAUAGGGAGGCAGGCACCGCAGGCUAUGUAAGGGACUCCAGACGAUGAUAUCUUUUGGGGACAUAUCAACCGAGACCUGUGUUUGAAGAGGCUCCCAUUGGCCAGGUCCGGGAUUUUCGUCGCAGCACAGAAUGCGACUGUGGCCGGAGAUACCGAAUGGGUUAGGGAUGAUUACGUACGGUUUGAGCCGGGGCUGUCUGUCUGCCAACAGUGCCAACAAUGGCGGCUGACCAUGAUGAUGUGAAUGUCGAAAGCGUUUUGGAAGCAAGCGUCUGGCGUGAUUUGAUGACAGGUGGGAUUGGCAAAACAUGUGUGUGGCAUUGUUUGAUUCUUCUUUUUUUUUUGGGUGGGCGGCAGCUCAGCUUGGCGUCCUCGCAUGGCCCGUUCUCGCCCGACGCACAGACUCUGUAAUAUAGCCAGCGAGCCAGAUGGAAGGAUGACUUCUGAUCCCCUAAUCAGUCAUCCCGGCGCCUUGACCGUAUCCCCACCAGGGCAUUAAAGGCUGCUGCCGCGGAAGUGAGCGAUUGAAU